AUGACCAGCACCUAUUUUUUCCUACAGCUCACUGCCAAGGAGGAUAUUUCGCUGUACGAUCAUGCCCUCGGUCACGCUACUGCCCCUCCUACCACUGCAGACAGCACUCAGCGCUCACAGUGGCAGACUCGUGACGCCCACGCUCGCUUCGCUAUUCGCAACUCCCUACCGAUAGAUGAGCGCGAGCAUUUUGGCCAGCACAAGACUGCUAAGGACCUGUACACUGCUGUAGUUGCUCGUUACUCCUCACCUGCUUCUGCCACACUAGGCCGCCUCACCCUCCCCUACCUGUUCCCCGACCUGGCCUCCUUUCAGACAGUUGCUGACCUCAUCACCCACCUCAAGACUAGUGAGGCCCGCUUUCGCGCUGCUAUGCCUGACGAGUUCCUUGCUAGCAAUCCCCCCCCGCUCUGGAUCACGCUCUACCACAUCGUCACCCGCCUCCCUGACUCUCUGCGCGCAGCACCUCUCGUGGCGACCCCCGCACCCCGUUCUUUGAGGGGUGUUCCCCUUCCCCCCUUCUCCCCUCUGUCGCCUCUGCUGCUGCUGUCGACCUCCUUGGUGCUGAGAAGGUCGGGGCCGCGUCUGCUCCGAGCGGGCGCCGCAGGAGCAAGGGGGGCAAGGGUGGAGGUGGUGGCGGGGGAGGCGGGGGUGGUGGCGGUGGGGGUGGAGGUGGGACUGGAGAGGCUAGUGGCGGCGGUGAGGGUGGUGACAGCAGCGGCGGGAGCGGUGGCAGGGGCGGAGGCGGCAGCGGAGGCGGAGGUGGUCGUGGCGGCGGCAGGGGUGGAGGUGGCCGAGGCGGUGACGGCGGCGGUGGUGGUCGUGGAGGCGCUGGCGGUGGCCAGAGCCAGCAGCACGCCCCGUCGCUCCAGGAGGCACUUCCCUGGCGGCGCUGAGCUUCCCCGCUGGGGUGAUCUGGAGAGGAAGGGAGUUGAUAUCUGGGCUUUAGACUUUGAUGCUAUUCUCACUGCCAUGUAUGCGAUGUUUACUAGUGGAGAGGGUGCCCAGUACUUGCGUGUUCCGCCCGACCCGGGCAUUCUGACCAGUCCGGCUGCCGCUCUAGGUGCUAGUGAGUCUGCUGCCCCAGGUCCUGGUGAGGCUGUCGCUCUAGGUGCUCGUGAGUCCGUCCCCCCUGGUACUGAGUCGACUGCCGCACUUCACACCUUCACACUGGACUCUGGUGCUUCUCGCUGUUUCUUUCGUGACCGCACUGUCCUUGAGCCACUCGCUCGGCCAGUUGCUGUCUCCCUCGCUGACCCCUCUGGGGGUCCGGUCAUUGCGACCUCCUCCACUGUCCUUCCUUGUCCUGCGGUCCCGUCAGGCACACUGUCAGGUCUCUACCUCCCCUCGUUCUCUACGAACUUGGUGGCAGGUAGUGCGCUCCAGGACGGGGGUGUUCACCAGUUCACCCCUGCAUACGAGCGCGUGACGCACUGCACGUGUGCUCGGACGGGCCGUCACCUGGCUACCUUCACUCGGCAGCCGGGGUCGGACCUGUACACACUGACCACUGAGCCCCCUCAGGUAGCUGCGUCCGCGUCUGCGUCUGCGUCAGGUCAGCUGUCCGCCCCCUGCUCGUGUCGCUCUCUGGCGCAUGGGACUGUCCUCUGGCACCACCGCCUUGGUCACCCAUCUGUGCAGCGCCUUCGGGCCAUGCACAAACAGGACCUUGUUGCUGGUCUUCCCAGGGUUCUCCCUCCCCUCCCACCCUCGCCUGCUCCUCCCUGUCUUCCCUGUGUCGAGGGGCGGCAGCGCGCCGCUCCUCACUCCUCCUCCUUUCCCCAGACGACUGCUCCUUUGCAGACGCUCCACAUGGACGUGUGGGGCCCAGCCCGCGUCCGUGAUCUCGUCUCCAGCUCAGUGAGCGUUUCCGCUCCGACUUCCCUGUCCUGCGUCUGCACUCUGACAGAGGUGGGGAGUUUUCCUCUGGCCUCUUGGAGGCCUUCUGUCAGCAGGAGGGCAUUGAGCAGACUGUUCACGCUUCCGGCCUCUCCACAGCAGAAUGGGGUUGCUGAGCGCCGCAUUGGCUUGGUCAUGGAGGUCGCUCGUACCUCCUUGGUUCAUGCGGCUGCCCCCCACUUUCUGUGGCCAUUUGCGGUCCGAUACGCUGCGCAUCAGCUCAACCUCUGGCCCCGUGUCUCCUUACCGGAGACUUCUCUGACACUGCGUUGGACGGGAGAGGCCGGCGAUGCGUCGCGUUUUCGGGUCUGGGGAUCCCGAGCUUUUGUUCGCGACACGUCCGCGGACAAGCUCUCCCGUCGCGCUGUCCCCUGUGUCUUCCUUGGCUUUGUCCCGGACGCGCCUGGUUGGCAGUUCUACCACGCCACCUCGCGUCGUGUCCUGGCCUCUCAGGACGUCACUUUUGACGAGUCCGUCCCCUACUACCGCCUCUUCCCCUACCGCACUGCCCCGCUCCCCCCCCCGCCUCUCUUCCUCGCUCCAGGUGCUGAGGUACCAGACCCCCUCCCCCCUCAGGGUGCCGCUCCCUCAGGUGUGUCCCAGGUAGACCCGGGUGAGCCUGUCGAGGUAGCUGUCGACUCUCGUCCUGCUAGGGGUGCUGAGCCUGGGGGUGCUGAGCCUGGGGGUGCUGCGUCUGGGGGUGCUGAGCCUGGGAGUGCUGAGUCUGGAGGUGCGGAGCCUGGGGGUGCUGAGCCUGGAGGUGCGGAGCCUGGAGGUGCGGAGCCUGGAGGUGCUGAGCCUGGGGGUGCUGAGUCUGGGGGUGCUGAGCCUGAGCGUGCUACACCUGGAGGAGCCCUCUCCUCCCGGCAGCUGCAGGAGAGGUAUCUACAGUACUGCCGCCUCCGGAGAGGUGCUACUGGAGCUCGUACCAGUACUUCCCCUCCUUCCCAGGAGCUCCCCCCCAUUCAGCAGAUCCGAGAGUGGUACACGCGGCGCUGCAGUCUUCGGAGUGGUGCUCCUGGUGCUGCGGACCCUGGGGGUGGCGCUGCUACUGGUGCUGAGGACCCGGGCGUUGGAGCUGCUGCGGGUGCUGAGGACCCGAGCGGUGGCGCUGCUGCUGGUGCUGAGGACCCGGGCGUUGGAGCUGCUACUGGUGCUGCGGACCCGAGCGGUGGCGCUGCUGCUGGUGCUGAGGACCCGGGCGUUGGAGCUGCUGCUGGAGCUGAGGACCCGGACGGUGGAGCUGCUGCUGGUGCUGAGGACCCGAGCGGUGGAGCUGCUGCUGGUGCUGAGGACCCGGACGUUGGAGCUGCUGCUGGUGCUGAGGACCCUGCCGCUGGUGUCUCUGCUGGUUCUGGAGACGCUGCGCGGCCGCGACCGUACUUCGUACCACUUCUUCAGCAGGUUCUUGGUCAGGCUCCUCCUCCUUGUCCUCCUCCCUCCGUAGAGUGUCCUCCGCCUGUCCAGUCGCAGUCACAGUUACCGCCUGCCUCGCCUCUCCCUGGUCCCUCUCCUUACACUGGUCCCACAGGAGGUCUUGCAGAGCGUCGUGAGCCUGCGUCUCGUCCUGCGUCGCCUGUUCGUACUGCUCGCACUGGUCGUCGUGUCCCACGUGAGCGUCCUCCUCCUGUCCCUGGCACUCACUACAUGACUCUGCGUCCCUCCACUGCUCCUCAGCGUGUCCCGCUGCCGUCUCCUCCUGCGUCCUCUCUGCCUACUCUUCCUGACCCGGAGUCUGACUCCCGUCGUGCUGCCAGUCCCACGGUCACCCGUCUUCUCGCCACUGUUGUCACUGACCCUACCUUUGAGUCCUCUGCUGCGUCUGCUCUGGUCGCUGAGUUGAUAGACUUUGCUGCCCGGUGUCGUCUAGACUACGCCACUAGCCUUGUUGCUGAGUCUGAGUCUGAGUCUGUCUGUCCUCCGUCUGUCGGGGGUGAGUGUGCUCUUGGCACGGACGUCCUUGAGGACAGACAGGAGGAGUUCCAGUGCUUUGCUGCUGCUUUACCCCACCUCGUGUCCAUGCUAGUUGCCCCUGAGGGAGACCCGGAUGCACUAGACAUCCCGACCCCGCGCACUUACGCUGAGGCGAUGGCGGGUCCCUACUCCUCUCAGUGGCAGACAGCCAUGGACGCAGAGAUGGCUUCCUGGAAGUCCACAGGCACCUACGUCGACGAGGUUCCCCCACCUGGGGCGAACAUCGUCAGUGGCAUGUGGAUUUUCAGGGUGAAGCGGCCACCGGGUUCUCCUCCUGUCUUCAAGGCGCACUACGUGGCUCGAGGCUUCAGUCAGCGAGAGGGAGUUGACUUCUUUCAGACCUUCUCCCCCACCUCGAAGAUGACCACUCUUCGGGUGCUGCUGCACAUAGCCGCUCAGCGCGACUACGAGCUUCAUUCACUUGACUUCAGCACUGCUUUCUUGCAGGGCAGCCUGCACGAGGAGAUCUGGCUGCGCCGCCCUCCUGGCUUCACUGGGUCGGUUCCUCCUGGUACCUAG